AUUGCAUUGUUUUUUGAUUUUAUAAAAACAAAAAAAUGUAUUGAUAAGGCUCACUCACUCAAUUUAACCCAAAAUCAAAUAAAUACAAUAAAAUGUGCAAAUUAAAAAACUCACAUUCGAUUAAACAACAUCGAAGACGUUAGAGGAAUAAGAAAAUCUUAAAAAUAUCAGAACAAAAACAUAUAAAAUACGAACAUUUAUUUAUUUUGUUAGCUACAAAAUAGUUAAAGAAAAUUCCCAAAAAUAAAAAGUUAUGUAAAAGGGAUGGCGACACAAUAAAAGUGAAGUGAAUAAAAAUAUAAAAAUAAUAAUAAAAGUUAAAUUUCUACGCAAAAACUGAUGUGGAAGGAGUUGUGAUAUUGGCCCCAUUAUAAGCAACAACUAGUUAGAAGGCGAAAGUUAUUGGUUGUUGUGCAGUCGACAGACAAAAGCUUAAAAAUUAAUUGAAGGAAUUCCAUUAAACUACUGCAAGUUUUGUUGAUUGAGGGCAUGUUGUGACAAUUUGUGAUGAAUCGAAAUCAUUUUUAAACAAAUUAUUAUUCAAUACUUGGCGUCUUUACAUCUACACUGUUUUAGUUUUAUUUAUUUUUUAUUUAUUGCUCACAUUUUUUAUUUUUAAUCAUAUGCAAGUACCAGCCACUGCGCCAUUCAUUGUACAUUUCCAACAAGUGAUUUUUGUUUGUUGUUAAGUUAUUUUUAACAAUAAUCAGCCAAAGAGAAAAGAACAAUUUUUUUUGUGAUAUUUUGUAUUAUACGCCAAGAUCGUCAACGUGAACUUUCGAACAAAAAUAUUUCAUAACCAUGCAAAGUCAAAAACAGGCUGCAACGGCUGCAGCUGCAACAAUAUCGUCAGCAGCUGAGGCUUCAACAAACGCCACUACCAGUACCGCCUCCGGAGCGACAGCAGCAAAUGUAGACAAUGCUACAGUUACCCGUAAUCAAAUGCGUCCCGUAAAGUAUGACUAUGCUGAUAGUUUUGCAUGUACCUAUAUUGUAUCUGUUGUGGCUGCAUCAAAUGCUGAAUUAGUUACAUAUCCAUUGGAUCUUACAAAGACAAGACUACAAAUACAGGGUGAGGCUGCUGCAAGUGCUCAUCAUGCAGUUAGCGGAAGUAAAAAUACAGCAAAAUCACAGGUUCAAUAUCGAGGAAUGUUUGCUACUGCAGUUGGCAUUGCCCGUGAGGAGGGAACGCUCAAACUAUGGCAAGGUGUUACUCCUGCCCUUUACAGACACAUCGUUUACAGUGGUGUAAGAAUAUGUACUUAUGACUUUAUGCGCAAAGAAAUGGCAAAAAGUGAAAAUGGCAGUAAUAUACCACUACCACUAUACAAAUCUGCUCUGUGUGGCGUUUUCUCUGGCGGCUUAGCACAAUGGUUGGCCUCACCAGCCGAUUUAGUUAAAGUACAAAUACAAAUGGAGGGUAAAAGACGUUUAAUGGGAGAAGCUCCACGUGUUCAUGGAGCAGCUCAUGCUUUAAAAGAGAUCAUAAGAAGGGGUGGUAUAAAAGGACUGUGGAAAGGUAGCAUACCAAAUGUACAGCGUGCAGCUUUAGUAAACUUGGGUGAUUUAACAACCUACGAUACUAUUAAACAUAUGAUUAUGAAUAAAUUGCAUAUGCCGGAUUGUCAUACUGUUCAUGUUCUGGCCUCUAUAUGUGCCGGUUUUGUAGCAGCUAUUAUGGGUACUCCAGCUGACGUGGUAAAAACACGUAUCAUGAAUCAACCUACCGAUGAUAAAGGAAGAGGACUUUUAUAUAAAGGUUCAGUGGACUGUUUACGUCAAACUGUAAACAAAGAAGGCUUAACUGCACUCUACAAAGGUUUCUUGCCCUGUUGGAUUCGUAUGGCGCCUUGGUCACUUACUUUCUGGUUAUCAUUCGAACAAAUACGCACAAUGUUGGGUGCAUCAAGUUAUUAAACACGAGUUACACAGAAAUAACACAUAAAUAAUUCAAAAUUUUUACUGAAAUUGAUUACAUACAUAUAACCCUAAUGCAAUAUUAUAAUAAUUAUUGUUGUUAUUUGUUGUCAUUAAUAUUGUAAAUUUACAUAUAAUUAUUUUUUAUUCAACAAAAAGUGAAAUGAAAAAAGAGAAACAUCAUCCCAAGCACGCAUACAUAUGUAUAAAGUUGGUUAAAUCUAUUUAAACAUUCUUAUGUAUAUAUUAUGUACAAUGUUUUUUUUUUAUUUUUAUUACUAGUACUUUAUGUUAAAAUAUUUUUAUUGUUACUUUCUUAUAUUUUAUUUAUAAAUUAAAAUAUCCUUGCUUUCCUCUACCAUGAAUUUAGGUUUUUUCCUAGUGCCUGAUAAUUUUUUAAAAUAAUAUCCAAUUAAGAUUUUUAUAAAAAUAAACAAAAGAAAAAAUCAUAAA